AUCUCAAUAGCAUACGAUUUUUCCUGGAAACCGAUGAGUUUCAAUUUAUAAAAAAAAAAGGAUUUUAUUGAGAUUAUUGGAAUAAUCUUCAUUUUGUUAUUAAGGAAUGUAUAUCAUAAGUUUCAUUUUAAAAGGUAGCAAUUUUUUGACAGAUUCCCUAUCAUCAUCCAUUUUUUUUCACGAAAUCAAAAUAUUUAAAACAUUUAUAUCACAAAAUUAAUGACAUGCAAAGAUGGUCGCAUACGGGUACUUAAUGGGUAAUAAGAUCGAUUCACUUAGGCUUUUUGUACCUCAUAAACUUAAUAAAAUUCAACUUACGCCUUCAAGAUCAAGAUUCAUAGUUAUCGGAACAAAAGAUUCAAUCUUUAAUUGGAUGGAAUAUUAUGAAACACUUGUUUGUGAAUUCUCAUCAUUACAGCUUAAUCGUACAACGAUCGCGGAGGGUCUUUAUCCAAUACUUAGGUUUGAAUUACAUGAUGACGAAGGGCAAGAUAAUAAUCAUUAUUGUAGCGUUAUUAGAAAAUUAUUCUUGAAUGGAACAAGGAAGUAUCAAGGUUCAUCUAAGAUGAGGUUGGAGAUAAGUAUUAACAAUAAUAACACGCAUACUUCAGAACAUGCGGAACAACUUCAUUGCAAAAAUUCAACUCCAGUAAUGGAAGUUAAUUGUAAAAGUGGAACAAGAUUACUGCAUAUUUUAAAUAAGUGGUACGAUUAUAGAAUUUUAGAUAAUAAUAAAAAAUUAGAUUUUGAACGAAUGAGAAAAAAUUGUGAUUACGAAUUACGAUAAUACCAAUUUAAUAAUAUGUUUUGAAAAAAUCUUUAGGUUUAUAUUUAUAUGUUAUUGAUUUUCCUUAAAAAAAUAUUUAAUAAGUUGUAAUAAGAUUUAACAAUUUCGAUAGAUAAAAAAUUUUUUAAAAUUGUAGUUUUUAUUUCGAUAGGAUUAGUAAUUAAUAUUUUACCAGAGCGUCCUUUGUAUAUGAAUAUGAAAUUACUCGUUCAGAGUUUAAGCAUUUUUAUUUAUAUAAUAAAUAAGUUCAUUAUGUUCAUU